GAUGCUUUUAUUGUGAUUACCUGGACCUGACUUACUUUCUAAUUCCAAUCCAGGCACAAGAUGGCCAUAUACGACCGCACCAGUCAAGGAUCGCGACAAAUCAACUCAGAGAGUCACCUACAACAAACGUCAAAAUGUCGGUCAAGAAGCCACCAAGAUCUACGUUGGAAAUCCAGAACUUUACGAUCGACUGUUUCUUCGACAUCAGGCCUCACCGUCUCACCGACUCAUCGACUCUCCCAAUCCUCGACUACUCCAAUUGGGUUGAUUGGAGUGAAUACUGGCAAGAUCAUCUCAUCCUUUACGACCUAUGGCAAUACGUCGAUCCAACAUCUACAGCGACAGUGCCACCUCCUACGACUAAUGUUAACCGAGAUAUUGCUAAAACAUUGACCGAAAACAUUACCAAAAUCCGGCAACAUGUGUCCCCUGAAUGUCGCAAGCUCCUAGUUGGCCAUACAAACCCAAGAGACCUCUGGUCCUCACUCAAGGCCGGCUGCGAUCGAGGGACAACUCUCCCAUUAAUUGACCAAUAUGAAUUGUUCCACAGCAAUAAGUGGGAGCCAAAGGACACUAUUUCUACCUACACAAGUCGUUUCCGCAAUAUCUUCCUUUCCUUGGAAAACACCUCUUCCAAAAUCCAUCGAGAUAUAGCUGUUCAUCUCCUCGUGGAUCGACUCCCUGACUGUUACAAAACCGAAGGUCAAACGGCAAAACAAUUGAACCUUCCCUUCAUUGAAACAGUGACCUACCUGCUUGCCAAUAUCAAAGAUUCCUCGUCUGAAGGGGACAACACAUCUGGCCAAGCCCUAGUAACUCGAGGCCGUCGUCCGAACCGCAGAACAAGCUCUCGGAACCUCCGUAAUGGAGGCAAUAACUCAAAUUCAAACCGUCGUGAACAAUCAAAUCGAAAUUCUCGGAAUAAGUGA